CGCAUAAAUGGGCAGGGUUUGGAGACAUACAACAGCACGAUUAAGUGUAUUUAAGAAUAUUCACACAGAGGUUAUUCUUUAAAGGAUAUAUUGACGUCUCAUUACAAAGGAAAAAAUGAAGGUACUGAAUUUGAAGAUCUGUCUGACACUGGCUGUCAUUUUCUUUCUCGCAGAUAACGGAUUUGGUGCUCCAUCAAAAGGUAGAUAUAUGUGGGUUAAGUGCAGGCCAGACGCCACGAAUCCCAACUGUGAGACACAGAGGGGUCCAUGGAUGGACUUGCCUGGGCCUCCUGACAGACUCCCUCCAUUUGCAGUAAAGGAUAUAGUGCUGGAAGAGGAUGGCUCAGAGCUAGAGCAGUCAGGCGAGGGUUCUGACACUGGAAUCCUCUUCACUGAGCAGGGCUCUGGCGACCAGUUGGCCAGCACAGAUGUGGACGGGAUUGACUACUCUAACUUUGUUUACCCACAGAAAAUGACCAUGGAUCAGGCUCUGCCUCGUGCUCGGGAAUUGAAAGAGGAUCACUUGAUCCUGUAGCCUGCUAGAAUGCAAAAUAUUGAAAUGUUGAUGUUAAUCCAUUUGUGUAAAAAAGAAUUGCCUCUUGCAACCUCUCAAGAUUAGUGUAGCACAUGCUUUUUGACCCAGUUAUUGAUGCUUGGCUGUGUAAAAUUGUAUUUAAUCUGAUUUAGAUAACUGAAGUUUAGUUAUUUUCCCAUGGAACCAGAGAUUAAAUUAGUCUUCCAUGUGUUUUUUUCUGUAUUUUUAUUAUUAUUUAUAAUACCAGCCAAGAAUGUUAAUAAUUUUAUUUUUAAACAUGAUUUUCAGGGGUAUAUCAUUUAUUGUUUUACAUUUUAGUCAUUUAGCAGACGCUUUUAUCCAGAGUGAUUUACAGUAGUGAGUGCAUAUAUUUGUUUACAUUUUAGCACUGGUCUCCUGUGGGAAUCAAACCCACAACCCUUGCAUUGCAAGCACCAAGGUCUACCAACUGAGCCACGAUGAAAACUAUAAGAUAUAUUGUGAAACACUCCGUUUUCAAAUAUACUUUAUUCAGAAUUUCCACGAUGGUCACAUUCUAACAUGAUAUCAUUCCGCACUUGUAUUUUCUCACCCGAGCAAAAUGUUUUGACAAUUUGAAGCAUUAAAUAAACAUAUGUUUUAAUCAUC